AUGCAGCUCACUACCUUCAUUUCCGUCGCCUCGGCCGUGGUCGCAACCGCUUCUGCUGACAGCUUGAGGAGCGCCGUCGCCCUGAACAAGGACUGUGACACGAACCAGCCCCACGCUCGCAUCGUCAACCGUUGCGACUACGAUGUCAACCUUUGGUCCGUCUACAAGGGCGACGGUUGCCCUUCAUCCGGCAUGGUCACUUUGAAGACCGGCGAGAGCUACGCCGAGAACUACGCUACCGCUGAGGACGGCAAGACUGGAGUGUCUAUCAAGAUCUCGAAGACGCAACAGUGCAAGGGUGUCGAUAUCACCCAGCUCGAGUACUUCCUCCAGACUUCGGGCGAAUACUCGAACAACUACCUUGACGUUUCCUACGUGGACUGCGAGGGCGAGGAAUGCCCAACCAGACAAGAGGGAUACUACCUCGUUGCAGGCGACCAGACUGGAAAAUUCAAGGCAGCCUCUGAGAACACAUGGUGCCCCGUUCUGUCUUGCCAUGACGUCGCUUCUUGCAACAAAUGCUCCUAUGUCCUUCCAGACGACGUCCAGACUAAGACCUGUGAUCUCUCCCAGAGCAUGACUUUCUACAUGUGUGGUGGAGAGGCGCCUACCGACGACUACGAAUCUUCUCCCAUCAAGUCCUCUUCUGUUGAGCCUUCUUCCAGCUCCACCAAGGAGGCCGAGUACUCCGCCGCAAAGCCUACUUCCACCUCCGCUUCCUCCGCUUCCGACGAGGAUUCCUACACAGCUGAUAUCGAGGUUGCUGCUGCCGCCGUCACCCCUGCGCCCGCCAAGCAGGACGAGAACCCUUACCAGGGUCUCACCAAGACCAAGGUUGUCUACGUUACCGCCUACGAGUACGUCAACGCAAAGAGGCACGCUCACGACCACGCCCGCCGUCAUCAGCCUUUCCACGCAUAA